AGUUUGUUGUGGGAUUCAUUCAUCAGAAUCUGUUCGUUCGAAGUUUUUAGGGGCGGGGGUAUAAACAAAAGAGCGUGUGACUUCAUUGUUGUCCGUUGUGAUUGAUGAAACAUCGGUGCAUUCCUCUUGGUUUUAUGAAUCAUCUUUAUAAUUUGAUAAGCUAGAAAUGUGUCAAGAUCGCCAAAACUGAUUCGUGGGAGAGAUGUACGAGAAAACAAAUACGUCAUUUAAACUGCAGUUUGUCAAAGCGACAGGUGCAGUUAUUUGGAUCAUAUUGUUCGCUUGCGGCCAAGCCGAAUCUCAGAAAGGUUUCUUCCUGGGGUGUUACCAGCUAGAUCGAUCUGGACGUUUUGAAACUGUUACUGAUGAUUUGGAUGCGUGCGUGAGUGAUUGUGAGCGACACUUCUACAGAUAUGCGGCAUUAUCAGAUACCCAAUGUGCUUGCUUGAACGUAAUACGAACAAAUGUGAUUGAGGAUAUAGGCUGUAAUAUAAAGUGCCGCCAAAAUGUGGACCAAACCUGCGGUGGUUCAAAUGCACAAAGUUUUUACGCAACAGGCGUUGAAAACGCUGGACCAGUGAAUAAUUUAAAGGUACUUGAAGCGAAAAUGGAAAGCACCAUUAAGAUUUCGUGGGACCCUCCGGCUCAUGAUGGGGUUCCAGUCAAAGAGUACGAAAUAAGCGCGAGAAACAUUUUCACUUUUGCAAACUAUCAACUGCAUCCUUUGAGUUGGAUUGUGAACAAUCAUUCCCAUACGUUUGAGCUUUCGAAUCUUACACCAGGAACGCGUUUUAAUAUAACUGUUACUACAAUCGCUGGAAAAGGCCGAGGAGGUACUUCAUCGUUGGUAGCUGAAACUGAAAUCGGGAUUCCUGAUCCGGAACCGGAGGAACCAUUGGUACUGAGACGUUUAGAUUCCACCAUACAAAUCGAAAUACCGAAAGCCAUCAACAAUAACGGUCCCAUCAAUUUCUAUCGAGUUGUUGUGCAUUACGUUAAUGAUGAUUUGGUGCAAGAGUUCGAUGAAAGUUUGUUGGAUACUUAUCAACGAUCAAAAGAAAAAAGCAUUCCUUACUAUAUUGCGGCUGAGGUUGAGAUGAAGGGAGAAUCACUAAUGUUCAUCGUCGGUGAUGGGCAAUAUUAUCGUAACUUCUUCAAUGCACCGAUUCCUCAUCGGGAACAUGUUCAUAUUUCGACCGGAGUUGUGAGCGUUCUUAACAAUGUUGUUAAGAUUCGAUAUACAACUACUACGCAUGAGCAGCGUCAACAUCCGGAUUUCAACCAUGUGAAUUCGACAAACGUUCCGGAGAGGAAUGAAGUUCUCGUAACGGUAUUAACUGUAGCUUGCGUUCUGUUUGGGAUUGUCCUUCUCGCAAGCAUAAUUUUGUACAUCUAUCUUCGUUACAAAACACCCGAAAAUACGCGACCUCUAUCGGAUCAUCACGAAAUGGCGUUGCAGGGACCAAUUUUGGAGGUGGAAAACAAUGGUUAUAUGCCGGAUGUGUACGAGCAACGUGGUUUCGAAGCUGAACUGCAUGACAUUAUCGAUUCGUUAGAGUCUCACAAAAAACACGGCAGAAAAUAUUUAAACCUCGACAUAAACAAUAUAGUUGGUUCGGGAAAAUAUGGAGAUGUGCUUAAAGGUAGUCUUCAAUGGGAAGGCGUUGAUCUUCCUGCUCAUGUGCACGUCAUUUCGGACGAUAUGGACAAGCCAGAUCAGAUUUCAUUCUUGAAUGAAUUCCGAAAAAUUACUCUGCUUGAUAGCCACCCAAACGUGUUGGAUUUUUUCGGCAUUUGCAUGACCCCGGAUUGGUGCUACGUCUUAUUUGAAGAUAUGCAAACAACGUUGAAACAAAUGUUACUUAAUGCAAGAGUACCGGAAAGCGUCAACUGUGUGAAGUUCUCCACAAUUUCAGAGGAGGUGAUCAUAAAUAUAUUGUGUCAUGUAUGCGAUGGAAUGCAAUAUUUGUUGGAAAAUAACGUUGUCAACAGAAAGCUAUGCGCACGCACAGUGUACGUUAAUACCAAGUUUGAUGUGAAAGUAAGCGCCUUUGGCUCCCCGCUGUAUGGCGAAGGAAGCCAACAAAUAGACAUUGCUCGUUGGAAUGCACCAGAAGUAAUGAAGUUUCAAAACCACACGAUGAAGAGUGAUAUCUGGUCUUUCGGAUUGCUCAUUUGGGAGUGUUGUUGCUUGGGGGCGACUCCAUUUGGAACGACCACUACGGACAAUCUGUUCGCCAGUAUACGUGCUGGCAACCGACCGGGGAAACCUUCGUUUGUUUAUGAUGAUCUGUACCAGGUGUGCCUGAACUGCUGGGAUUUGGAUGCUAAUGAUAGGCCCGCAUUUGAAGACAUAAGUCGCUAUCUCAGACAGACACUGCCCAUGCUCCGUUAUAUGCUGUCCUUCGAGCGGGACAAAAACGUUGAAAUACCUCCGUACUUACCGCAUUUGGAGUUGAUGAAUUUAUGAUAAGUAACAACAAAACGAACAAGUACUCGUUGAAAACAAUCCGUCCAUUUAUUGUAAGAUAAAAAACAAAGCUUUUUUUUAUAAACGUACCGAAAGGAUUUUUAAAAUAAAUAUAUUAAAAUGUUCGAAAA